AUGCAGCACGAGUUUGCGCUCAUCGAGACUCGCACGACUCCUAGGACUCUUGCGCAUCAGUCUGGGCCAAGAGAUGCCCGAAUUAAAACAGCAUGUGCGGAAUGCAAGCGAAGGAAGACCAAAUGCGACGGCACGCAUCCGUGCUAUUCUUGUCGAUGGUACAAGCAACCUGAAAGAUGCAUAUAUACCUUUUCGCGACCUGCGCUUGUUCUCAGUCGAAAAAAUUUCGAGUCUGUUCGCCAACGCCUCGAGACCACGACCGAUAUUCUAGCAAAGUUGUUCCCAUCGCCAUCUAUUGAUAUCCUCAGCGGUCUCUCUCGCGAGGAAUUACUCCAACAGAUCGGCUUAUCAUUCGAGGGCAAUACAUCCCAAGAUGGACCCAGUCGAGGGAGUCUUGCCGUUACCCUCCUCCCUGUCGAGGCCAGAUCCCAAGAUAGCCGCGACAAUCAGAUGGACCAAGAUGACACGACUACCGGUGCUGGUCUGGACUCCCAGCAGCAGGACGAUGCUUCCUCCGAGGCCGGUGACGAUGUGAAUGCUCUCUCGGCAAUGUCCAAUCAACCGUCGUCCUAUGUUGGUCCGUCCUCAACAAUGCAGAUGUUCCGCACCAUACUCAGAAUUGCCCCUGAGUCGGUGGGUCAACAACAACCUACCCAAAGUCCUACAACCAGCCAACGAAGUACAUCGUAUCGGUCUCCAGAGGUCAGCCACAGGACCCCGCCGUCUCUCCAAAUGACCGAGAGGAUUGGCGCUUUGAUCGAUGCCUAUUUCCAUUGGAUCCACCCGGCUACUCCUAUUCUUGAUCAGGCCGAAUUCAGAAAUGUUGCCUCUGCUGGAACUCGAAAUGACCCUCCAUGGCUUUGUCUUUUCAACAUGGUGUUGGCGCUAGGUUCCAUUGGAAGCACGAGGACCGACUCCAGAGAACACCUCAGCUAUUAUCAUGCAGCAAAAUCCCAUCUGGACGUAGAGGGCCUUGGAAACAAGAGCUUCGAAACGUUGCAGGCUCUGAUUCUGAUGGCUGGCUGGUAUAACCAUUACCGAAAUCGGCCGAAUCUUGCGUCUGCGCUUCUUGGAGCAGCGUUUCGCAUGGCGUACGCUUUGGGCCUUCAUAAGGAGCAACCCAACAGCAACCAAUCUGCUGAGCAUCAAGAACUGAGGCGGAAAAUCUGGUGGAACCUCGUGGUCCUGGAUUCGGCCGAAGCUGUAACCUUGGGCCGUACAUUGGAUACUAAAAUAUUUGAAAGCGAAGUCAAAUAUCCCCGAGAGGUCGGGCAAGAUGGGAAUGAUGUUGUGGAAGUCUCAUCUCCUUCCUCUACUUUGGUCAUAACCAUCGGAUUCUCGCGUAUCAUGACAGAGAUCCAGAGCCGAUUGAUGACAUCGAACACAGUGCCGUUCGCCGAAUUACUCAGCCUCGAUGCACACCUGGUGGAUUGGUACGAAGCUUUACCGGCCUACUUUCACAAACUGGUGGGAAUGAGUAGCUCUGCCAUAUCAGAGCCGUCCAGUUCGGAACGCUUUGUGCAACCGUUUUUGACCAUUAGAUGGCGCUACCUCAAUCUCAGGAUGUUGCUAUACCGACCCAGCCUUAUGGAGGCCGUCCUCCAUCGGAUCCCCUUUGGCGGGCUUACGUCGGACCAGCGAUUGUGUGUACGAAAGUGUCUGACGCUGUCCGGGGAAACCAUUGAUUCGGUGAAAACAAGGUCUUCGGAACUGCCGAACCAAUACAUUGCCUGGCCGUCGACGUGGUAUCUGUUGCAAAUUUGCAUGGUCCCUCUUCUCAGCUUGUAUGUGUUCCGGGAGGAUGGCAGCGACCAAGGCCAUUCACAGACCGACGCUGUUCAUCAUCUAGGGUUUAGGCAUCCAGGCAGCGUCAAAGACCAAGUUCGACAAAUUCGAGACGAAUGUCAUAGGCAAGUCCAGACCACUCUGCGCUUGAUGAAAGAGAUGGAGCCAUGGGCCGUGGCAUCAGGCAAAAUGCAUGAUUUGAUCACACAUCUGUACGAGGCGAGAGACCAGCACCUGCGCGUCUGGAACAACAGCGAUGAGAGCCCGAUGAUUGUUCUAGGGUCUCCAGAAAAUUCGUCGAUGCAAUCAUCGGAAGCGAUGAACGCAAGAGUGUUGCAGGUUGACCGUGUAAGCAUGAACCUGGGCGGCGCAAAUAUAAGAACUGCCAACCCUUUGCAGGCCGAAGGCGUGGUGGUCCCCUCAAAUGGUCUAAAUCCGGCUGUCGGCAUGGCCCAGUAUAGCAUUGGGGCCCACAGCAACAAUACUACAACUACUACUCUCAAUCCGUCGUCCGAGCAAUUUCCACGAGACUUCUCGAUUUACAACAGCUUCGCAUGGCCGAAUGCGACUUUGGAAAGCCUUUUUGACUUGCCGGAUGAUUUUCAAUACAUGAACCAAGGCAUGUUCGGAAUGGGAUGA